UUCUGCGUGGGUGCUCCAGCCCCGGAACACCCACGGAGUCGGCGCCUAUGUGUAGUCCCAAGGCAGCUGGGAGGCGUGUGGACAACACACAGCUCCAGCCUGCAGGGAAUCAGGCAGCCUGACCCCAGCCAGCAGAGAUGUUGCUGUGUUGUCACUGAGUUUAAAAUUGGGGCCCAUGCAAUCCCAGGUGGCGCUGACAGCAUGGCAUUGCUGGCUGCUCCGUGCCCACAAGAGGGUGCUAUCCACACUGCAUAGCAGGCUGGUGUCAGGCUGGAAGGGGAGUGGGCUGGAACGGGGCUGCUGGACACACAUUCACCGCAGAGAUUCCAGAGCAGCCGGGUUUUGCGUUAGUGGGGAUGGUGGUGGGUGGAAUCCCCACCUGUGGGUCCAGCAGCUCCUCCCUGCCUCUUGCUGUAACCACUCGUGCUCUGUUCCAGGGACCCAGAUCAGCUGUUUCUCGCCCGCCAACUUCACAGGGAAGCAGUCUGCAUACGUUGAUACGUCUUGCUGGGAUUCCUUGAUCCACUAUGAAUUUGAUGCUGCUGGAAACACUACAGCCAAAUCCCUCUGGACUCUCAAGGCCUUCCCCUACUCCCUGCUGCUCAUCGCGGUGGCCAUGUACCUGCCCUCCUUGUUGUGGCGAUACACAGCCGCACCUGCACUGAACAGCGACCUGCUCUUCAUCAUCGACGAGCUGGACAAGUCCUACAACCGCUCCAUCCGCCUGGUGCAGCACAUGGUGAAGGUCCGCCAGGCCAGCACGGAUGCCCGGCUCUUCUGGGAGGAGUUUGAGAAGGCUCGCAGGGAGCGGUACUUUGAGUUCCCGCUGCUGGAGCGGUACCUGGCCUGCAAACAGCGCUCGCACUCCCUGGUGGGCGCCUACCUGCUGCGGAACCUGCUGCUGCUGCUCCUCAUCGCUGCUACCUGUUUCUACCUGGGAUUCCUCCACCUCCACGUCUUUUUCCAAGAUGAAUUCAGCUGCUCCAUCAAGACAGGGCUCCUGCGGGAUGAGCCCCAGGUCCCCGAUGUGAUUCCCUGCAAGCUGGUCUUCUUCUCUGUCUUCCAGCUGAUCAGCCUCUCCAACGGGGGGGUCUAUGUCCUCCUGGCGCCUGUGGUCAUCUACAACAUGCUGCAGCUCCUCCAGUGGGACAAGCGCCUCCUGUCCAUCUAUGAGAUGCUGCCUGCCUUCGACCUCCUCAGCAGGAAGAUGCUGACCUGCCCCUUGAACGACCUGAACAUCCUCCUCCUGUUCCUGCAGGCCAAUAUCUCAGAGCUCAAGUCUUUCAGCCGGCUGAACGCGGUGUGCGCGCUGAGGGAGGUCACCUCCAGCCCACAGCACAUCGACACCGUGGUGGAUUUCAUGACCCUCCUCGCCGGCCUGGAGACGUCCAAACCGAAACACCCGGCCUGCGCUGCAGGGGCCGAAGGAAACCCUCCUCCUCCUCCAAGCAGCGAGAUCCUGGAAAUGAAACCCACAGGAGAAGCUAAAAGAAAUGCUGACCCCAAGCCCAGCCCGCCUGGCUCUGCCUGAGUGAAGGACCCUGACAGAUUGCUGAGCAGGGAUGGGACGAUCACAGCUCCCCUGCUGAAAGAUGACAAGAUGUUAGAGGACGACUAACAAAUGUAACAAUCAAAUCCAUGGGGUGAAUUCAGGCCACAGCCCUAUACUCAGCUACCGCUCCAGGAUCGGCUCUGCACUCAUCCCACCCAUGUAAUCAUGGCUGAAACUGUUCAUGACUCUAGUUAUUUGUCAGAUCCAUUGAUCAGCGCCCAUGAAACUGGUUUUUAUCUGGACCAGUGUAAUCCUCACCCUGCCAUUCUCUUGGGUCCAGCUGCUCCAGUGCAGCUGUGGGGCCCGAUUCUGGUUUUAUAGCAAUUCUACCCCAGUGUAACUAUGGAUGCCAGAGGAGAUACUCCUGAUUUCCUCUAGCAUAAAUGAUCUCAGUGGAGUUACUUUCCCCACAGGAAGUGAGAGUACCAGCGGGCCCAGGGGGCUGAGGAAGGCAUAUUCAAAAUUAAGUAGAGGAAAUGGAAAAUGGUUCAUAAUUAAAAAGUAAAUGCCGUGUA